AUGUAUGAUGAUGAUGAGGAGGAGGAAAUUCUUGUAUUGAUCGCAGCCGUAUAUGAGUACUAUCAUAAACAUUUUGAUAAGCAACGUUGUACGGAUUCCAUGUUACAAGGGGAAGAUUACAUAUUCGAGAUUUUAAAUGGACAUGGAGAUAGGUGUAAUGAAAAUUUUCGGAUGUACCCCAAUACCUUUAGGGCUUUGUGUCGUGAGUUGAAAUUGUUAGGAUUGAAAAAUUCUACAUUUGUAACAGUAGAAGAACAAGUUGCAAUUUUCCUACUUACCUUGUAUCACAAUGAAAGGAAUCGUGUCAUUGCUGAAAGAUUCCAACACUCUACAUCCACAAUUUCAUAUCGCUUUCAUGCUAUCUUAAAGUUAAGGACUAAGAUUAUUGUUCCUCCGGAUUUGAAUGAAAUUCCUAAACAGAUAAAGAACAAUCUAAAGUUUUACCCAUAUUUUAAGAAUUAUGUAGGAGCUAUAGAUGGAACUCAUAUCCAUGUUGUAGUGCCAGUCGACAAACAAAUACCCUUUCGUGGUAAAAAGGGUGAUACGACCCAAAAUGUCAUGGCGAUGUGUUCUUUUGAUAUGAAAUUGACAUAUAUUCUAGCAGGGUGGGAAGGGUCUGCUAAUGAUUCGAAGAUUUUAAAUGAGUGUAUUCAGAAUGAGGAUUUGAAUUUUCCAUCACCACCCGAAGCUUAUUGUACAUUGCAUAAUUUCAUAAGAUUCCAAGGUAAAUCUGAUGAAAUUUUUUAUUGUGAAACCCCUGAAUCUUCUACUUCACAAAAUGAACCUGAUAUGGAUGACAUUGUUGAGGUCAUCAGUGCUACUAAUACACAGAUGCGACAGAUGGAUAUUUAUCGUGAUCGUAUUGUGAACCUAAUUUGGGAGCACUGUAAUCACUAA